AUGAGUAACGAUGGAGGAGAUUUUUAUUCCCUAACAGGAGUCUCAGCUGCUCUUGCAAGAGAUAUAGAAGAAAAGAUGGCAGGGGAAGAAGAAGAAUCAAAUCAAUUACAAAAUACUGAAGAAAAUCAGGAAAAUAAAAAUGAAAAUGAAAUACCACCACAAGACAACGAGAAUAACGAAACCAUUGAAACAUCCAACGAACUUGAACUUAAUGAGACAGCAAAAGAAGAAAAUAUUGAAAAAGUUGAUAAAAUUUCACAGAAUGUACCAUCAAAAUCUUCAUUUGAAUCUCCAGGCGAAAUUGAUUCUGGUUACAGCGUCCCCGGAUUUAAUGUUGUUGAUGAUUUAAUACCAGAAGUUGCUUUAAACAUGACAUUAGAUUUAAAUACACUCACGCCUUUAGAAACUCCUCCAAAAGACCUCGAAGAAUGCACUAAAGCCAUACAGUUAUUUCAUCAAAAAGGUCAAUUACCAGAAUUUCAUCUCCGACAAAAAGUUUUACAAUAUCUCGAGCGAGUGAAAGUAAAUGCUCUUGUCAAACUCAAAUACAGUGAAGCCAAAGAAGCUCAGGACGACAUAGUAGCAAUUACAAGUGCCUGUAUUGCAGAAGAUUCCGAAGCUGCCCAUGCCGAAAGGAUAUCUCAUUACGAAGAGAAAAUUGCCGAAGCAGAACAGAAUCUAAUUGAUGCCAACAAAGAAACAGAAGAACUUCUUAAGCGGAAACAGAAACAAUCACAAGAGAAGCAAAACCAACUAAAGCAGCACCAAGCAGAUGAAUUAGAUGACUUCGAACAGAAGUGGAAUGACGAAGACUUUCUGAGGAGAUUUGCAAAGCCAUCAAAUGAACUCAUGACUCUUCGAAGUGUCGAAAGAGCUCUUGUCGGAGGGAGGGAUUUCCUUGGCGCAGAAGAAGCCAGAGCUAAAAUAGAAUACUUAGAGCAAGUGGAGUCGGAAACUGCUCAAGGAAAGGCUGAACAGUCAAUGGCAAGAGAACAGGAUAAAUUAUUAUUAAAACACCAAAGAGAAUUGGCAGCAUUCGAAGAGUUGGCACAAAGGGAAAUUAAUGAUAUAGAAAGAGAUGGAAAAAUGAAGAGAGAAACUAUUGAAAAUAGAUUGGCAAAAUUAAGAUCAUCUUUGGCCGAACUUAAAAAGAGAAAACCAUUGCCGCCUUUACCACAAAGUCCGGCAUCCGCUCCUCCAGAGUCAACAAUCACCCCAAGAACAACAAAGAGAUAUAAUGUCUAUAAAUGCGCAGCAAGAAACCCUAAAAUAACAAUAAAACCAUUGGGUAAGAUUGCGGCAAAAAGAAGAUCUGCUUUGACAAAAACUGUGAAGAUAUAA